GCGGGCGUAGCUGUUUGUUUUAAAAUCUAUGGCGCGGGUAAAGUACGCUGUGCGAUUGUAAGGUUAAAUAAUUGUUUUCCACAUCAAUAACACUAAUAGAUUAAUUGAAAUUAUUGAAAAGAUCAAGAUCAUCGCCACGUUCAUGAAACAGCAAGAAUGGUUACAUUACAAGAUUUCAGUACGGAACUUACGAGUCCAAUAAAGAAGUUGGCGGACUGGAAAUAUCCUUUUUCAGAAGCUCUGGAGACAUAUUAUUCCUUAUUUAAGACCGCAUCUGAUAAGGACUUCGUCAAGGCUGGACUUGUCUUACAAAAUUCUAUGACUGUUUAUGUACAUAGAGUCGAUUGUCUCUGGAAUAAAACAACAUGUAUUAGAAAUAUAUUUUUGGAGCACGAGCAGGAAGAAACCGCAAGAAAAGCCAUUGGGAAAAAAAGGGAUAGGAGAACUAAUUUAGAUUUUGAAAAUUUCCAAAUAAUCGAUUUUACCCAGGAAGUGGAUAGAAAUAUUGAUAUUAAAAAGAAUAAUGUAAUGCAAGAUGGUGUUAAAACAAAAAACCGUUGCUUUACACAGUUGGAGAAAAGUGUCGCGCAAAGUAUUCCCAUUGAUAUUUACGAUAUAAAUGGAGAAAUCAUUGGGAAGAAGUAUGAUUUUCGGUGCAAUCAGAAUAUAAGUAUGAAUGGCGUACUGGUCGAUGAAUUCGUAGCUCAAGACUUUGAUCUCAACAGUGAUGACCGCCUUCAAAGGAAAUCCCCAGCACCAAGUUCGAAUUGCUCACUUAAUGAAUCAUUGGAAUGUUCACCUAAUCCUACUGUUCACGAUAGUAGCGAAAAAAAUAUAAGUAGCGAUGUAGAGUCCGAGAGGGACUACGAUGACUCACCGGGGGAGGUUUCCGAAUUAGUCUCUUCUUUUGACUCGAGCAAAAAUCUCUCUUUAUCUAGCAAUUCUAUGUCAUUCGGUUCUUCGGCCGAUAAUUCUCAAGAAAUCGAUGCCGCUGACACUACGAAUGGAAGUCAAUGUACAUCGCUCAGUGAUACGAAAUUGCCGGACAAUACCGUUGACAGUACUUCGUUGUCAGAUGAGAACAACUCGAACAGUUCGAACAAUAAUAACGGUACAAAUGUGGACGGCGAUCUACUGGAUGGUUCAAUCAAAUCAAUAAGUUCGCGAGAAAGGUUUCCGAUUUUUUAUUAUUUGCAACAUCGUCCUCGCUUAACAAUAAAAAUGAGCAUCGAUCCGACAUCGCUAGACAAUACAAACGAGAGGAAGUCACCCAAAGAUAAAAAUAACUCACCUGCCAAGAGACAUAAAUAUCGAGCACGCACCAAAACUACAUUGAGCAAACGUAAGCAAAAACCGACCACCACGACGCCCACGAAGAAAAAACGCGUAGUGAAGAAUCUCCUGGAGGAAUUUGAGAAAAGGAAGCACAGCCCGCUGGACAGACCGAGCAUGUUCCAAAAGAAUCUGAAUACUUGCAUGAAACACAUACGAAAGCACGACCCACUGCGAUACGAUCAUUUGACGAAUGAGGCGUUCGACUUGUUAGGGUUCCAAUUGCACGUCGAAUCGCGUGACGAUGCAAACAAUAAUAUCACGAUGACUUUGACCGACGACGAGAUGUCUGAUCUUCAUAGUUCCAAUUCUGCGUCCCCGGUGCACGAAAGUCCUGCGUCCCCGUGGCACGAGAGUCCACGUGACCAAGUCUUCCGGUCGGACUCGUCGAAUUUCUUGCCGGAAAACAUCGAAGAGUGGCACGAGUUUCUGCAACCCAAGCUGCUCGAGGCCGAGCGAAGAUCGAUGUUUUGCAUUCGUCCUUAUGCGUCGAAAAUCAUGAACUGCCUGCGAGCGAGCGAUCGGAGAAAGAUCAAUUUCAGCGAGGUUAUUCAGAAUGAGAACGCCAAGGAUGUAGCGAGAUAUUUCUUGGCGUCGUUGACCUUGGCUUCAUCACAGAACAUGUAUCUAAAUAUGAAGGAUCUCGGGCACGAUGUGGAGAUUGUUCUGCCCCAAGAAGAUAGAUCAAGUUCUUUCAACGGACACCAGGCCGAUUCACAUGAUUAACGGACGAACGGUUUUUAGGCUUAAGAGCUAUAUGUAUGAUAUGGAAGCCCUAUUGGGAACAAAGGACUUUUUUGCACUGUGAUAAUAUAUAAUAAUGUAAGCGUAAAUUUGAUUAAUCUUUCGUCCGUGUUAGAUCUUUCCUCGCGCAGCGCAUCCUACGGCCUAUAGUAUUCAUAGUCAGAUUUUAUACUGUACGUUUCAUUGGUUACAAUGCAUCUGAAGAUGAGCUUAAGACGGUCUUAAUGUAUGGGAGUCAAACUGACUUGAUAGGUUUAGUGUAGUAGCGUCAAUCACACUUGAGAAUUUCGGUUAGAAACAGCAGUUGUUUUAUUCUUCAGAGAAAUCAUGAGCCCACUUAAAUAUAAGAUUUGACUAUAAAUACUAACGUAUAUGUGUAUAUACACCCGAAUAGAAUCAUGUUAGUAGGCUAGAUUAAAGCCUGAGUCAAAAGUGAAUGUAGGCUAGAUUAAAUCCUGUAGCUCGUUAUUAGUUCCUUAUCGACUGAUUAUUCACUAAAAUGUAGAAUCGGUUUUGUGAUCUGUCGCAUAUCAGUGGGUGAUGUCUAUUCUAAAAUAUCUAGCCGCGUAUAUCUGCCACUAGUACUUAAAAGUGAGGUAGCAAAUCAAGAUUGAAGAUAUGUUAUUCCGUAAAAAUCUUAACGAGAGAAACGAGCGUUACAUCACUGCCUGACAACUCGUCAUGAUUCUUUAUCUCACUGUAAUUUCUUUUGUUUAACCUCUAAUUGGGCGGAUACUAUGAAACUGUUGCGAAUGAAUUGCUCAGUUAUUCUCUAGAUUGUACUUUAUAGGGAGUAAUUAGACAAUCCCGAACGAAUACAUGCCUUGACCAUCUAGAGGAAAUACGAGCGUUACAUUACUGGCUGAUAGCAAUCUCAGGCACAAAUUGAUUACCUCACGGCCCGACGAACGCACAAGUUUCAAUUUCUACCGGGCCAUCUGCCGGAACGAUGCCAUCGAGAAAAACAUCGACUCCCUUCGUUUCGAUUCGCGCUUCACCGGCCGAUCUGUAACGAGGCGUUGUUGUAACAGGGCGAGAAACUGUUGCGCCGUGAGAUUGAUUUUUCUGUUUUUUUUUUAAUUGAGACGCGUCCCAUUAACACCGGUACUCGUCGUCGUCGUUGGCCGCACGGUACAUUGACGGCGAAACAAAACGUAUUCACAAAC